AUGAGGGCUGGUGUUGAUAUCUUUGCUCUUGACUAUGAUGCUAUUAUUGCUGCCAUGUAUGCAUUGACUGUUAGUGCCGAGGGAGACUGUUACUUGUGUGUGCCGCCUGACCCAGGUAUAGAGCCCGCUGCCCUGGGUACUAGUGAGUCUGCUCUCUCUGGUAUGGUGCCCCCUGUACUUGCUCCCUCCAGUGCUGUCCCGGCUGUUUGCGAGUCUGCUCUCUCAGGUACAGCACCCACAGAGACUGCUCUCUCAGGUACCGCACCGGCUGAGGCCUGUCACACCUUCACCCUUGACUCAGUCCUUGCCCAGUCCACCACUGUGCUCCCUUGUCCGGCGGUUCCGUCUGGCUCGUUGUCGGGUUUCCACCUCCCCUCGUUCUCGACGAACCUGGUGAGCAACGCUGUCAUCCAGGAUCAGUGGGUUGACACCUUUACCCCUGGAGGACAGCGUGUGGCGAUCUGCACGUGCUCCAGGACCGGCCGUCACCUGGCUACGUUUACCCGUCGGCCGGGGUCGAGUCUCUACACACUGACCACUGCGUCUCCUCAGGUCGCUGCUGUCGGUCAGGUGUCCGCGUCAGGUCUGGUGGCCCACGCCUCCCGCGUUCGUGGCCAGGGCGGUGAGCGGUACUUUUUGCUGGUUGUCGACGACUACUCGCGUUACACCACGGUCUUCCCCUUGCGCACCAAGGGUGAGGUCCCUGCUGUUCUGAUCCCUUGGAUCCGCACAGUUCGUCUCCAGCUCCGCCGCCGUUUCCGGACGGAUCUUCCUGUCCUGCGUCUGCACUCUGACAGAGGUGGUGAGUUUUCCUCCGAUCUCUUGAGGACCUUCUGUCAGGCGGAGGGCAUCGAGCAGACCUUCACGCUUCCGGACUCCCCACAGCAGAAUGGGGUUGCUGAGCGCCGCAUUGGCCUGGUCAUGGAGGUCGCUCGUACCUCCUUGGUCCACGCGGCGGCUCCCCAUUUUCUGUGGCCGUUUGCUGUCCGGUACGCCGCGCAUCAGCUCAACCUCUGGCCCCGUGUCUCCUUGCCGGAGACCUCGCCCACACUGCGUUGGACGGGGGAGGUUGGCGAUGCGUCGCGCUUCCGGGUGUGGGGUGCUCGUGCCCUUGUCCGCGAUACUUUUACCACCCCACCUCGCGCCGGGUCUUCGCCUCUCAGGACGUCACCUUUGACGAGUCGGUCCCUUUUUACCGUCUCUUCCCCUACCGCACUGCCCCCCUCCCUCCCCCGCCGCUUUUCCUUGCUCCUGGUCCCCCUCCGGUAG